GGAUUAACAGGUUUGUGAGGUCACGCCCUAUCCUCCCAAAAAUGGAUAAAAAUCCAUCGCGGCGUGUCUGGAGGGCAGUUCGACAAAACCAAGCUCAAGGGAGAUAAACUCACAAACAACCUAUUUAUUUAUUUAUUUAACUUCUGUGCUACGCAAAGAGAUCAAAAAUGAUGCGUGUGCCCGAGCUUCAGAGCCAGAAGAACUCUCUGUUCACGGCCAUGAACCGCUUCAUCGGCGCCGUUAACAACAUGGACGAGACGGUGAUGGUGCCGAGUCUGCUGCGCGACGUGCCGCACGCGAGCGCCGGCGAUGCCGGAGACUACCUGCGCGCCGCCGAGGCCGACAUGUACACCUACUACACACAGCUGAAAACCAUCCGCAACGAGAUCGAGUGGGGAGCCGUGCUGCGAGGCGAGGAGCCGCAGAGACCCGCCGAGAAAGCAGCCGAGCCCGGGAUGAGCGAGCACGCAGAGCUGGAGCGCCUGCUGCGUUUCCAUCUAAAGGGGCUGUACGGUGUCCUGACCAAACUCACCAGCCACGCCAACGAGCUCACCGACCGCUACAAGCAGGAGAUCGGCAUAGCUGGAUGGGGACAGUGAGACACAAAGUCGGGCCAAGACUCAAACCCUCGUGAGGAGAACUGUUCGCCAUUGAAAGUAUUUCCUUUUGCAUGGGACUAACAUAAUUUUCGCAUUUGACCAAAGCUGAUGUCAAGUGUCAAGCCACACCUAUUUGCACAAAUCUUUCCUCCUCAAAUGAUAAUACACUACCUUGUCCUAUACACUGUGUAUUUGGGAGCUGUGUUGUAUUACAUGUAUUACUGUAAUGCAGAGAGUGGGCAGAGGACUAGUCUGGUCUUAUGAUGCAAUCUCUCUCUCUCUCUCUCUCUCUCUCUCUCUCUCACUAACAUCACCCAUUCAGCUUUAACAUUUGAAUGUUGUUGUUGUUGUUGUUGUUGUUAGUUUAACCUCUACAGAGUUAGUUUCACUGAAAGGAACAUGAUCUGAAACUACCUGUCAGUCAAUGACCUGGAAUGCUCUGAAAAGUACAAGUUAUAUGAAGAGCUCCAUGAGAUGUUUGUUGUUGCUGUGCUACUGUUGCCUGUGCAUUUGUCCAAAACAUUUGUUGCUACUUUUAUAUUGGAGAUUAUUUUAUAGUGAAAUAAACGUGAUCUGUUCAAUUCA